AUGAAUGCGCGUGAGUUGCAGUCCUUGUAUGCAGAUCUUAGCCAAAGACUGAAUGUCCCUGUGAGUGGACAGUUCGUUCCUGAGAGAUUGGGGCAGUCGCCACCUGAUUUGAAUGUGCCAGCUUUUGUGAGACAUCAAGGUAACACGUUACCUGGUGUUCCAGCUGAAAAUGCGAGGAGCAGUGAAGACAAAGACGUCUUUAGCCGAAGUGAGAAGUGGCUAGGGUCUCCACCUUCGCCAAAUCAUCAAGCGUGGAAAGGGCGUGAAUCCGAAGUGCUGGGCAUGAAUGCCUAUAUUCACGAGUUGGUUGCAUGGGCGAAUCAAGCAAGUGUUGAGUUUGGAAAGGAGAUCGCUCAGGCCGCGCGAUGGCCUACACAGAUUGCAUGGAACACGUUGUCUAAGAGUCAACAAGCGCGAGGAGUUCGUUUGUUUAGUGUGCUGAAGGCAGCGUUUGGAGAUCAUGGGCGGAUAACUCUUAUGAUCCAAAGCUUCGGAGAAGGGCUUGACAUUGUUGCAGUCGCCAUGCAGGGAGAUGUUUUCGGGAACUCUCUUUCGUAUAUGGGUAAUGGCUUUGAGUUGCUGAGGCAGCUUGCCAAGGAGUUUUCUUUGAGAAGUCGUGCUGAGGCUAUGAGUCUCAGGGCGAUGCUGAUGGCAAGAACGUUUCGAGCGCAAGACUCGUCAGCUCCAGUUGCUGACACAGUGCGUCAGAUUGAGGUGGCAGUGGCAAGGUUUGUGCGUUUACUUUCGUCUUUGCCUGAGAGCGCAAAGGCGUAUACGUUACAUCAUUCGCAGGGCUCGCCUGAAGCAGGUGAGGAAGUGGGUGGUCACGUCUUUGGCAUGAGUGCCAAGCCUUCUGAUGCUGGGAGCGGUGUGAAGUGCAACCGUUGUGGCAAGAAGGGGCAUCAAGUGAAUCAGUGCACGACAGACCUUUCCAAGGUUAAGUGCUUCAAGUGCGGAGAGAUGGGCCACAUAUCUUUGAACUGUGCCAAGGGCAAGCAGAGUGAUGGUUCUCAGUCGAGUGCGAGACCUAAGGGUUCUGAUGGCAAAGGUGCUGCUGCGGCCAAGGGUCAAGAGACAGGGGUUUGGUGGUACACAGAUGCUGAUGAAUCUUUUUACACCGAAGAAGGUGACGAUCAAGAGACACAGCAGGUGGAUGCCACUCUUGUGUUGUCUUGUGUCAUUGAGUCAACUGAUGAGCCCAAUACGCGUUUUGAAGCUGUCCUUGAAGACAGCGAGUCGGUGUCUGUUGUGCUCCAAGAGCAGUUGUGUCAACCUUUGUUGCAGUCGUUGGGUCAGUCGCUUGGAAGUGAGUUUUGGCUGCUUGACUCAGGUGCGUCAUGCUGUGUUAUCAACCAUGUGACGUUGAAGACGCUUCCGCAUGAUGAGUUGACUGCAUGUGGUUCGACGUUUAUGGCUGCGAAUGGGACUCCUGUUCCCUUUGAUGGUCGUUGCCAUGUUGUGCUAAAGGUUCGCACAAAGGAUUCAAGUGGAGCUACCAAGAAUGGUGUCUGCAAGAUUCCUGUGAUGGUGGGUGACACUCCUUACAAUAUCCUGUCAACGCGAACUCUUGGAAGGCAUGGUUGGCGUGUUGUCUUGGAUGAAGGCGUUUCUGUGUGUCAUGUGAAGUCGGGUGUUGAUAUGAUUGAUACCUGUAUUUGGUGUGACACGCCUUGGGUCCGCGUGAUUCCUCAUUCAGAAGGUGAUCUCUUGUUGCCGUCGGAUGCCUCAGUUGAUCCUGCUCCAAUUUCCUCGAUUGGACAUGUUGCAGUUGUUUCGCAGAAGACCAAGGAAGAUCUUGAAAUUCACAGAGCAAAGGGCCACAUGCCCUUCCAUCCUGAUUGCGAGCAUUGUCUGAAGUCCCGAGGUGUUACCCAACACAGGCGAAAGUCUGAGCGCGGAGUGGAAACAGAGAUUGUUGCAGAUUUUAUGUUUCUCGACUCUUCUGGAGAGACGAUCAGCGUAGCUGAGCGCCAGACAAGUAGCUCUUUCAAGGUCCUCGUCCUUCGUGAGGCUUUUUCUUCUUCUAUUGGGGCUGUGAUGAUAACUGAGAACAUUGCAAAGGACAGAGGUCUUCUUUUGAAGUGGCUUGCUGAGUUUGGGUUGUCGUCCUCACAGGCAAGCAUUGUGCUUUUGACAGAUUCCGAAGAAGCGGUGAAGUCGUUUGUUGCAGGUGCGUCGGAUAAGUACAUCUUUAUGGUGCGCAAGGCUGCGCCACAAGCUCAUGAACAGCUUGGUGGUGCGGAAAGGACAGUCCGGGUCCUUAAAGAAGGGCUAGCUACUCUGCAAAGUGAUUUUCAGUCGCUUGGUUGCGUUUUGUCGUUUCGGAGAGACUUGUUGCAGCUUGCACUUUCUUACCUGUGCAUGAGUGUGAAUUCGAAUGGCAAAGCUUUUGGCGGUGAACGCUCUCCAAAGGAGGUUGCAGUUGGUCGAAGGUUGCCAGAUACCCCUUUUGCGUUGUUUGGGUCCAAGGUGCUUGCUGAGGUCCCUGAGUCUGUGAAGGCUUUGUGCCCGAAUAUGUCGCGUUUUGAGGCGGCAGCUUUUCUUCACCCGCAAUUUGGGUCGCUUGGGAGCUUGGUGUAUGCGCAUGUGCGUGUGGGCCAGGUCUUGACGCCAAAGGUGUUUGUUGCCAAGUCGAUCAAGCUUGUGUUUCCGAUUGGGCUUGUCUUCGAGUCGGGGAUGUUUGAAGUUUUGCGUCGUCGUGGUGAGCUUGGGCCUGAGAGGCCAGAUCAUCCAGUUGCGCCUCGGAUUCUUCCGAGUUCCCAGGGUGCCUCUUUGAAGUGUCCUGUUUCCGGUCCGCCAAAGGAGUUUUUGAGAGGUAUGGGUUCUCAGGUGAGUGCCGAGCCGUGGUUGCGGUCGCAAGUUGCAACAGAUGACAGCAUGGACGUUGAAGUGCCUGUGGCUUCGGAUGCAGAGGCUAUGCGUGAAGCUCUUUCUGAGCUAGCCGAGGAUGAGUCGAGGCAAGACCGAGCUGUGGAGGAGGCUCAGGGUUCUCCUUUGCCUCCCCCGGCCAAUGGGGACGCUGCUUCGUCUGAGGCUCCAGCGAGGAUUGUGAGCGAGGCGGCCCCCAGUGGUCGUGUUUUCACGCGUGGUUGUCCUGCGUGCGAGUCUGGCAUGAAUGCUCCUGGCAUUCGUCACAAUGCUGAUUGCAAGCGAAGGAACCAACAUCUCAGUGUUAGAUUUUUUGUUUCUGGGGAGCCCGAUGAUGACGAAGCUUCAUCCAGGCGUCUGCCUGAAGAUCUUGAAGGAGCUGCUGCUCCUGAGUCUGAGGGCAUUGGGGCUCUUGAUGAGGACACUGAGAUGCCGUUUGCCGAUCCAGUGUUGACUGGAAGUGAAGGCGGAGGCAGCCUAGAGGCUGAAGAAGUGCUUCGUGGAAGCAGUGCUGUGAAACGCUCCUCUGAAGUCCCGUUGGAAGAUCUGGAGCGUGAGAUCAGGCAGGACCAAGAAAGGGUUGCUUCAGUUAUGGUUACCUUCCACAAUUGCGAAACAGGGAAUGAUGUUCACAUGCCUCUUGCGAGUUUUGUUGAGCAGGCGUUUCAGGUUUCCAAUUAUGUCCCUUUGCUUUCAGGGCUUGUGGAUUCGGUUCAGUUCGCCCCGAACUCUACGAGUGUUGUUUUGCCGUUUGGGAAAAGGUCGCAUUUGAGACUUUGGAAGCCUAGUUCCGCUGUUGAUGACUCUACCUUGGGUGAGCUUUCAGGAGAUCAGGUCAUGGAAGGCAUGGUCAAAGAAGUCGACAAUUUGAGUCACAUGGAAACUGGGGAUCUGUUGACUGCUUCAGAACUUCAGAGUCUUGAGAAGAGGUUCCCAGGUACCUUGAAGGUCAUCCCUAGUCGUUGGGUCACGACGCAGAAAACACCAACUACAGUGCGAGCUAGGAUUGUCAUCAAGGAUAUUGCUGGCAAGAACUCAGAGUCUGCAAGGGCUUUGGGCAUCUCGAGUCCUACUCCUAGUGCCGAUGCUUUGUUCACGGUUCUUGGGGUUGCAGGUUGCAGAGAUUGCGUGAUUGCAGGUGCUGAUGUAUCUCACGCUUUCAUGGCUACGCCUUUGAGAGAAAGGGAUGUAGUGAUGCGGUUUCCUCUGUCAGUGUCUUCGGUUUCAGGGGAUCCUUUGUAUCUUCACCUUAACAAAGCCCUCAAUGGGCUGCGGAAGGCUUCGCAGGAAUGGAUCUACUUCGUAGGGGAGACUGUGAAGGUUUUGGGGCUUCAAAGUUGCAGCUUAGAGCCGUGUCUGUUUUCAGGCAUGCUUGAGUCAGGUCCCUGUUUGCUGUUGGUCUAUGUGGAUGAUUUUCUGUGCAUUGCGCCAACAAAGGAGGAUGCAGAUCACAUCUUUGAGGUGAUUGAGAAGAAAGUUGAACUCAAGAGAACCGGGUUGAUCAAUUCUUCCAAGGAUGGCGGUGGCACUUUGCGGUUUAUUGGUAGGGUUAUCUCCAGGAGAAAGGGGGAGUCCUCUAUCACAGUGUCUUUGCCUGAAGAUUAUUUGGAUGAGACCUUCAAGGCUUAUGGUCUUUCGGGAAAAGGUUCCUCAAGUCCUCCAGAUGUUGCGGUUCAUGUUGAGAAGCAAGAUGGGGUUCCAUUGUCUCCUGAGGCGUAUGCCAGGUUCAGGUCUGCGUUGGGGAAAGUAGCUUGGAUGACGCAGACUCGUCAGGACUUGCGUGCUUAUGUGUCAAUCUUGGCAACGCAGCAAGCCACACCCACGAAUCAUACUGAGCAUGGUCUCCGAGCCUUGCUUCGAUUUCUGAAGAACGACAUGUGCGUGGUUGUGCGGUUGCCUGCUGCGAGUGAUGUGUUGGCUCCCUCGCAACACUACCAAGGAAAGAGGCACCUUGUGUGUUUCUCUGACGCAUCGCAUGCGCCUUUGAGGUGCACGAAGCGCCGUGGCAUCAGUGGAGGAGUGUUGACACUUGAUGGCUGCGUGAUAAAGACUUUGUGUCGUCACCAACAGCUUGUGUCGCUGUCGUCUAUGGAGUCAGAGCUGUUUGCGUUGCAGUCGGUUGCUCAAGAAAUGUCGAGUCUUGGAAAGUUCAUGGCAAGGGUCUUCAUGUCGUUUCGAGAAAGCGAGGAAGUUGAAUUGCCUGGGAUACUUUACAGUGACUCAGAAAGCGCUUUGAAGCUUCUUCGCAAUUUAGACACACCCAGACAAAGCAGACAUCUUGAGAUAAGAGUCGAGUGGCUUAAAGCUCGUGUCGCAGCGGGUUCUUUGGUCCUUGCGUUUAAGAAGGGAAUCGAAAAUCCGUCAGACCUCUUGACUAAAUGUUUGGGGUCCUCGGCUUUCGGGAUACAUCGCGAAGCGUUGGGCUUUGAGUCGCUGUCGGGACCACUUGCGUCUUUGUGCAAUCAUGAGAAGAGAUUGGUGAUGGUUGAAGUGUGCUGUCGACCGCAGUCGAGUGUUCAAGGUGCAUGUCGCAGAGUCGGGAUGAGUUACGUUGGCGUGACUGAGAACAUGCAGAGUGACAGCGUGUUCAAAGAGGUGCGUCGAUAUCUUCUGAACUUUGCGUGUGACUGCGUGUUUGUGCAUGUGUCCACGCCUUGCUCUUCUGGAUCUUACUUGCGUCGGUUCUCUGGCGGGAGCUCGUCGAAGUCGGAUUGGGAAUGGUUUGAGGUGUUUCCUUGUGUGUUGAAGUACUUGAAGCUUGGGAAGCACUCGAGCUUUGAGCUGCCAUGGAACAAUGAGAUUUGGCAACAUGACUUGUGCCAGAAGGUGCUGAAGAAAGCAGGCCACACGUUCGAUGUGCCG